UUACCCAAGUUAUCUAAAAAGCAUGAAGUUUGUUUGGUGGAAAUAGUAAUAAUUAUGACGUCAUUUGUCAUUACCCAAUUACAGUAUUCGACAGGUAAUGCGCUAUGAAAGUCGUGCGUAGUAAUAUGUGUUGGCGGGUAAAGUGUUACCCUAGGACGGGACAGCGAAAACCGAAGGGAAGACAGUUUUGUUUGAAGCAAUUUGUUUUUGUAAGAACCUACUUCAUUAAAAUGUCCUCCGGAGUGUCAGUAGCUAGUGAAGCUAAAACAGCUUAUGAUGAGGUGAAGAAGGACAAGAAAUACAGAUACAUCAUUUAUCACAUCAAAGAUGAAAGAGUAAUUGAUGUAGAACACAAAGGGCCUAGACCAUCUACUUAUGAAAACUUCAUAGAGAAACUUCAGAACUACAAAUCUGAUUGCAGAUAUUGUGUGUUUGAUUUUCCUGUCAGUGUAUCUGUAGAAGGUGGUCAAAAGUCAUCUCCGAUGACCGUCGACAGGCUUAUAUUGAUGAUGUGGUGUCCUGAAUCUUCUACAAUCAAACAGAAGAUGUUAUAUUCAAGCAGCUAUGAUGCCCUCAAAAAAUCUUUAGUUGGAAUCUACAAAUAUGUUCAGGCGUGUGACUUCGACGAAGUCAGUAAGGAUGUGGUUGAAGAUACGCUGAAAAGAGGAGGCAAAUAAAUAUCCUAAUAGUCAUACGGUUGAUUUUUGAUUGUCCCGUGUCAUGAACGCUUUACUGACUCUACAAGCUGGAUACAAUGUCUAGAAUGCGCACCAUCCCUAAACACCUCAUUGAUUGAUUGGUGUAUUGUGACUACAAUUUCUGACAGUAAUAUACAGUAGAAAAUGAGCAAUCCAUUUUUUUAACUCUGUUUUCUAUAUAUUGUUAUUAACAUAUUGAAGUUUUUAGGUAUUUAUAGCAUUUCUCCUGCAUUUGACUAGAAAUUGUUUUCUCUUCAACCUGUAGUCAGUCAAAGCUCAUCUAUUGUUGUUUAUUUGUUCUUGUUUUUGUGUAACCAUCAUUUUUUGUUUUAGUCAAAACUUCCAAGUUUCUUAUUUAAGACAGCUGAUAAAGUGUGCUUUUAAAUAAUUUAUUGUAUCUAUAAAUGGAAAGUUGAUACUAGUAUAGAUAAACUAAGUUGGUUAUCAUAAAGAUAUAUUCAAAGUGUAAACCAAAGAUAAGAACUUUAUGGAAUCUUAAAAAUGAUAAAAUACAGAAAACAAAGAAAAACAAGCUUUAAACUGUAAUUUUGUUUUACUUCUUUAGCUGUUUUACUCCCAUGAAACAUUUGUUUAGAAAAAGGAAUUGCAUGAAAUUUUCCCUCUCCUUAGGCUAUAACCUGUGUUAUGAAUCAUACAUACCCUUAUGUGUAACUUAUUUAUUUAUUUAUUUCAUGUACGUCCCUGGUAGUUUAUUAAGCUAAAAUGAAAUAUAUUUAAAAUGUUGGGCUGCUACUUAUUUCAGAUUAACUUAUUUCAUUAAAUGUUUACAAUACUGUACAAUUAAACAGUGCAUAAUUAAUUGUUAACCACAGUGGCUUAGAAUUAAAUGCUUUCUAACUUAUGGUGAGAAAAAAAAACUAGUUUUAAUCAUGUACUGUAGUUGAUGAUUAUAUAUGUUGAUUUUAUUUAAGUAGCAGUGAACUCAAGUCUUAUUUAUUUAUUCUCAAGUUUUAUGUAUUUUUUGUUAAAAUUCACAGAAUAAAAAAGUCUGUGAAAUAGAUGCAAA